AUGGAACUUAUUGCUGCCACCAGGGGCACGCCAGGAGCGUCCUCUUCAAAUGCUGUACAUCAUACCGAAUGGAGUUUGGAGAGCUUUCUUCAACAUCAUCCGGCUAAAUUCAGUGGGAAAUGCCUCCCUGAUGAGGCAGAUCAGUGGCUGAGGGAUAUGGAGAGAAUUUUUAAUGCCAAAAGGUGCCCUGACGAGAAUCGCUUGGCCUUCACAGAGUACCUUCUGACUGGGGAAGCGAGCCACUGGUGGGCGAGCGUGAAGGCAUUAUUGACGUACGCUCACAAUCCUGUCACUUGGGAAGUUUUCAGAGGUAAAUUUUAUGAAGAGUACUUUCCGGAUAGCGUCCGUUUUGCUAAAGAAGUGGAAUUUUUACAACUGGUGCAAGGGGAAAUGUCAGUUUCAGAAUAUACGAAUAAAUUCAAGCACUUGGUGAGAUUUAACACUAUGGCGACCAGUGAAGAAUGGCAGUGUAGAAAGUUUGAAAAUGGGUUGAGAAGUGAUCUGAAGGUGUUGAUUUCUAGCUUGUGCAUUCGGUCAUUCCCAGCCAUGGUGGAAAGGGCCAAAGUGUUAGAGAAAAAUAUGGCUGAGGCGGAACAGCAUAAGAAACAACAAGCGUCAAGGGGACCAAUUCUGUCGAGGCCCAAUCUGAACCGGAACAGGACACC